CUAUGACCCUGUGAUGGUGGGAGGUGGAGGGGUCUAGAUAACACUCCAUCGACCAAUCUAUCUUCUUCUUUCCAUGCUCUUGGUGAUAGGGAUGAGGGUCGGCGGUUUCGAAUCAGGUAACAGCCAUGCGCCGGUUAAUAUUGAGGGUGUGAGAGUAGCCGGGCAUGAGUCCAGCCCUUUUGGAUGCCGAGUCCAUCUACUUUACUUCUUACCCAUCCGGGGAGAUGGUGCUUCGCCAUUGUUCUAAGGCAGAAGCUGCUUUUGUACCCCACUGCUGGUGGGAUAGACAAUGGGUACUUGCAGUAUCGUCUCUGAUAGUCAGUGUUACUAGUGGCAUUAUCGUGAGUGCACGUGAUAAGGUAAUUGAUACUGUAUCCAACUUUUGCUGUUUAUGAUGCAAGAACGUGUAAGGUUGUUUCCUCAAGGUAUCCUUCUACGAAGGUUC